AUGGAAGUGAAACAGAUGCGAUCCACUGUGAGAUGUGACGGCAGAAGCGAAGAACUCAUCCACACCCAGAAGGCGGUGGUAGAUGAUGCAGCGAAAGAACACGACUUAGCACUGCCGAAUGAGUUCGCCAGGAAAUGGGGUGGAACCUAUUCGAGCGAGCACUCGGUGUGGACCAUGGAUCCAAUACAGAUAGCAUCGAAGAUUGGCUAA